AUGGUCUACAGAUCCACCUUCCCCCAUCUCGAAAUCCCCAAAUCAAACAUCCUCUCGUACCUCUACCCCCCCAACCAGACCGUAUCCGACCAACCUAUAUGGAUCGACGCCAGUAACCCCAACAACUCGCUUUCCCCGCGACAGAUGCUCACAUGGGUCCGGCGUCUUGGGUACGGCCUCGAUCGGCUAGGCAUCAGAAAAGGCGAGGUCGUCAUAAUUUUAACGCCGAACCAUAUAUUUGUACCUGUGGCAUAUCAGGGAAUUGUCGGCUCAGGACGAGUCUUUAGCGGGGCGAAUCCGACGUACACGCAGCUCGAAAUUGAACAUCAGCUGAAAGAUACGGGCUCUAAGCUGAUUCUCGUGCACCCGAGUCUUGUCAAGACCGCGGUCGAUGCAGCCUCUCGUGUAGGCAUUCUAAAGGAGCGCAUCUUUCAGUUUGCCGAUCACCCGUGCGAAACACUUGACGGUGUGCAGGAUUGGAGGGAUUUUAUCGGGAGCGAAGACGAAGCGAGGGAAUGGAGAUGGGACGACAUGGCUGAUACCUCGACCACGACGGUGGCAACAAUCAACUACAGUUCAGGGACCACAGGCCUGCCAAAGGGCGUGUGCGUCUCACACCGCAACCUGAUUGCCAAUGUGGAACAGACCAUCUUUAUGCGCGAUCAGGGCUUUCCCCACGCCCUAGUGCCAGCAAGUCGACCACCGGAACGGUGGGUUGGAUUUCUUCCUUUGUACCACGCAUACGGGCAACUAUAUGCAUGUCUGAUGGCUCCAAAGCUCGGCUUCCCCGUCUAUAUCAUGCGUAAAUUUGUCUACGAAGAGUUUCUGGCCACUAUCGAGAGGUACGGCAUUACUCAUCUCCAGGUCGCUCCGCCGAUCCUAAUCAUGCUCGACAAGAGGUCGGAGACGGCCCGCUACAAUCUCAGCAGCGUCAGAAAUAUUCUUUGUGGAGCGGCACCGCUCUCGAGGGAGCUACAGAAUACGAUUCAGAACCGCUUCAAGACCAACGUGGUACAAGGCUGGGGCAUGACCGAGGUCACCUGCGGCGCGAUCCAUGUCCCCGGGGGACUCUACGACGAGUCUGGCAGCGUCGGCAUGCUCGACCCUAAUUGCGAGUGUAAGCUCUUAGAUGAAGAGGGGAGACCGGUGCGACCGGGAGAGCCGGGGGAGCUGCAUGUUCGAGGUCCCAAUGUGUGUCUCGGAUACUGGAGGAACGACAAAGCGACCAAGGAAAGCCUUGACAGCGAUGGGUGGCUGAAAACAGGUGAUAUCAUGGUCGCCAAGGAUGAUUGUUUCUGGGUUGUCGACCGAAAGAAGGAACUGAUCAAGGUCAACGCGCUACAGGUUUCGCCGGCAGAACUCGAAGCUGUGCUGCUAGGACAUGAUGGUAUUGCAGACGCGGGAGUCGUGGGAUUCAUUGCCAACGGGCAGGAAUGCCCACGAGCCUAUGUUCAGAUCAAGGAAGAGGCAAGCGGACUGACCGAGGCGGACAUCCAGAGCUACAUGAAAGACCGCGUGGCGAAGCACAAGCAGAUCACUGGGGGCAUCCAGCUUGUUGAUGAGGUGCCGCGACUCGCCAGCGGGAAACUUCAUCGCAGGGUAUUGAAGGAAUGGGCACAAAGGGAUGCAGCAGGUGUACGCUCAAAACUAUGA